AUGGGAGCCACCCCUUUCACCGAAAAGAUCCUAAGAGCAAAGCUUUCCAAGGGCUUCAACAAUCCCACGGACAUGAAGUACGAUGGAACCAAGGAUCCCCAGGAACAUCUAACGGCCUUCGAAGGCAGGAUGAAUCUGGAAGGGGCCGCCGACGCGGUCCAAUGCAGGACCUUCCCAGUUACCCUGGCUAGACCCGUGAUCAAAUGGUUUAACACCCUUCUAAACGGCACCAUAGCCAACUUUCACGAUAUUUCGAUGAAAUUUAUGACCCAGUUCACCACCAGAAUCACCAAGGCCAAACACCCCAUCAGCUUGCUGGGGGUCACCCAAAGGCAGGAUGAAUCCACGAGAAAAUACAUGGACCGGUUCAAUGACGAGUGCCUAAUAGUCGACGGACUAACGGAUUCAGUCGCAAGUCUCUGUCUGACCAAUGAACUCAUGAACGAAGACUUCCGAAAAUAUCUCACCACCAAAUCGGUUUGGACCAUGCAUGAAAUUCAAAGCGUCACAAGGGAAUAUAUAAACGACGAGGAGGUGAGCCAAGUCGUAGCUGGCAACAAAUGGCAAAACGGCAACGUGGCACCUCGUCAACCCCCUCCCCCACCACCAAGGAAAAAUCAAAAGGAACACUCCAAACCGGCAAACACCAACUGA